AUGGAUCCAGAUAAACAAGAGAGUAAUUUAUUCAUAAUAUUUUAUGUUUUCUUUACAGAUGCUCUUAGUAGUAUUGAGAAUUCCAUUUAUAGAACAGCCUUCAAAUUACGAUCAGUGCAAACUCUGUGCCAGUUGGACUUGAUUGACAGCUCCCUGAUUCAGCAGGUCCUACUGCGUCCAAGUUUCUGGGAAGCUCGCAAGUGUUCCCUCUCUGUGCAGCAGCUUUCACAGGCACUCCAAGAGCUGUUUCAGAAAGCCAGGGAGGAAAAUCCCGGACAGGUACAUCCCAGAGCUUCGGAACUCACUCUGAGCCUUCUCACGACAAUGUACAACAGCACAGAAACAGGUUUUCUCCAGCUUAUGCCUGCGGCCGCUGCCCUGAUAACCCUCUCAGGAGACAGCCCUCUUACAAAAUACCGAGCUCUUUUUCAGCUCUAUGCAGAAAAUAGCAGGGGAGGUUAUGAUUCUGGGACACGCAUGACUCGAAGGGUUUUGAGAAAACUACUAGCAGAUCUACAGCAGAUCCCAACUGUCGUGGGAGAGAGUCGUGCUCUGUGCUCUGUGGAAAGUGCCACCCGCAGCUGUUUCCAAGGGGUGUUGAGCCCAGCAAUCAAAGAAGAGAAAUUCCUGUCUUGGGUGCAAUCUGAGCCUCCCAUCCUCCUGUGGCUCCCGACCUGCCACCGGUUAUCAGCUGCUGACAGGGUCACUCACCCUGUUCGGUGCACGGUCUGCAGGACUUUCCCGAUCACGGGACUCAGGUACCGCUGUCUGAAGUGUCUCAACUUUGACAUCUGCCAGAUGUGUUUCUUAUCUAGUCUCCACAGCAAGUCCUAUCAGAAGUCUCAUCCUGUCAUUGAGUACUGCGUACAGCAGAUGUCAGCAAUGCAGAAUACGAAGCUUCUCUUCCGGACCCUCAGAAACAACCUUCUUCAGGGGCGCUGUAGGAAGAAAGAAGUGGUGAGAAGGCAGCACCUGCUGGACCAGAUGAAUCCAAAGGAUGUGGCUCACCACGGACAGGCCAGGCUUCUUAAAAAACAGUUAAACCAAUACAAAGACAAGUUGCAAGCUAUAUACACCUCCCGGGAAGAAAGAAGUUGCCAAUUUGAAACAAAGAUUCACAGACUCAAAACCAACCAGGAUAGUCUAUGGACCAAGCUACAGCAGAUAAGACAGGACCUACAGGCAAGGUUGCAGCCACCCCAUCCUUCAUCUUCUUCCUUUCACGGUGUGGAGACCAAGGUUGACCAUUCUCCAACUGAAAGAGUUCCAAAGAGAGGGGAUUAUUUGCAGAUCAAGAAUGCCACCGAAGAUGGUUCAAGAUGGGAACCUCUUCCUAAUCCUGAGGAGGUUGACAGAAGUCACAGAAGUCACACAAAUGCAGAGCAUGCUCUGCAAAAUCCAAAAUCACCAGAGACCACAUUGCACAGCACCAGAGCACAAAGUCACACACAAAUGAUGCUGAAAAAAGUCAUUAGCGCCCUACCCAGUUGUCAGGAGGGACUGAAGCCAGAUACCCCCAAAAAGGCUCCUGAUGAAAUGAGAAGUCCUGCUGUGGCAGCUGUGGAAAGGAAAGAAGCAGGUAACAUCAAGGAGAGAAAGGAUGAGCUGGAGGAAGAGGAACUGCAAGAACUAUUGUCAAAACUUAUGAAUGCCUUCAAUCUAGAAAUGCCGUCAGGCCCGGAGUCUUCAGUAAACAUGGAUCUGUACAGUGGAGCUCAGCAAGUGUGCAGGGCCUUCUCUGCUCUUGUUGAUCAAAUCACCUUGCCCAGUUUGGAGUGAAGUGGAGUCCAGUCUCAAAGGCUUCUUGGUGUGAUGACAAAAUGCAGUUGCACAUCUGUAUCAAAAGGAUUAAGACUUCUGCUUUUCUUUUAAUAGUUUGGUGUGAACUAUGAAGAAAAUAAGUUUUUUUUUUUGAUCUCCCUACUUAUGUAUCUUAGGUCUUCAUUUCAGAGUGAAGGUUGAGGGUUGGGGGUAAGUAGAGGAUGAAGAAGGAAAGAAGAAAUGGCAGAGUCAGACCUCUGCAUGCAAUGGUCAUGAAUACCUCCAGGGUAACAUUCAAGUGUGUAACCUCAUGGAUGCCUGCGAUGUCUUCCUCAAGUAUCAUGUAAAUUACUGAAUUGAUGGUCUAAUUUUUUAUCUUGAUGUUUCUGCUGGAGAAUAGGCUUAGCAAAGAACUAAAUACACACACACACACACACACACACACACACACACACAAUUGACUGCAUGUAAAACUGGUAACAUCUGAAUAAAUUUGGAUUAUACCAAUAUCAGUUUCCUGGUUAUAAUAUUGUGCCAUAGUUAUGCAAGAUGGUCCCAUUGGGGAAACUAUAUGAAGGGCAUACAGAUGUCUCUGUAUUAUUUCUUAUAACUGUAUAUGAAUCAAGUAUCUCAAAAUAAAAAAUUUAAUAUGAAUGUUUGUCUCUAAAACCUCCACAUUUGACAAGUUUCACCAAAGCAUCUGUGUGCCUUCUUCCACUGUAUGUUGGAUUAGGUUAUAGAUGCUUAACUUACUAAUGUGCAAAGUAGUAGCUAACCUUUUUUGACUGUUAAAGCACUUAGCUUUUAAGCAUUUUCUAUGUGCUAACUCAUUUAAUCCUCACAAGAAACCUAGGUAGUAUAUAUCUCAUUUUAUGAGGAAAAUGAGACACAAAGAGGUUUAGUAACUUGUCCAAAGUGAUGUGGCCACACUUUGAUGAAGCUGAGAUUUGAACUCAGCUUCUGAACCUAUACUAUAACCACUACUCUGUACUUCCUUUCAAUAAAUAUUGUGGUGAUUUCAAUGUUUUUGUCUAUUAUCUUGAGAUGCAGGCCAUGUAACAUUCAUAGAGGUUGUAGAUUUUUAUAUGAUCUGUAAUUCCUAAAACUGUUUACAGAGUGAAAUAAUGUCCCAUUGGAUGGGAUUAGGACUAGGUUAUUCCUGUCCCAUCUCAUCCUAAUAGUUUUUAAUCUGCUUUUUAGCCUGUCCUAAACUUUUGGUUUUAGUUUUGUCAUUUAGCAUAGUUACUCUCCUUUUUACUUCAUCCCAGCUUGUUCCUUACACGUUUGAUAAGCAUGCCCUUCAUCAACAAGCUGCAGCCCCUGGGUCAAAUUCUGCUCACUCCCUGUUUUGAACAGGCUAUGAGCUAAAUGUGGUUAUUACAUCUUUUUAAACCACUGACAA